CAGCCACAUUACCCGUCGAGCGACACUCAUCAGACACAACCAUGCCUGACGCAACAAGCAAAACUCCAGCGGGCCGGAAGGGCUCAAAGAAAGCCGCGGCUAAAACCACCAAGGGCAACAAGAAGAGGAGGUCCAAGAAGAGGAGGGAGAGCUACGCCAUCUACGUGUACAAGGUGCUCAAGCAGGUCCACCCCGACACCGGCAUCUCCUCCAAGGCCAUGGGCAUCAUGAACUCCUUCGUCAGCGACAUCUUUGAGCGCAUCGCCGGUGAGGCCUCCCGUCUGGCUCACUACAACAAGCGCUCCACCAUCACUUCCAGGGAGAUCCAGACCGCCGUCCGCCUCCUGCUGCCCGGGGAGCUGGCCAAGCACGCCGUGUCUGAGGGCACCAAGGCCGUCACCAAGUACACCAGCUCCAAGUAAACACCUCUGCUCUCACUCACACACACACACACACA